AUGAAAUCCCCCACCUAUCAAAUCCAUAAACCUCUAUCGAGGAUAUUUGGGCUCAGCAAAUUAAAAUUGCUGUCGAUAUUUCUCAUAUUAUCGACGAUAAUAUUACUGACUUCUUACGCUUGGCAUGAUCUACGGGUCUUGACAGUGGGCGGGGAAGACCUAGCAUCACCAGGAUCAGACACAAACGAGCAAUCAAACAAAACCAAAAACCCCAAAGACCCGGACUACUGGACCUGGAACACAAUUACUCGCUUUCAAAUAUACAAAUCCGCUUCGAAAUCUACACCUCCACUCACCAAAACAAGCGACGACUUAUGCCAUGACUUCCCGACAGAAUCCCUCUCCCGCGUCCAAAUCGUCCUGAAGACAGGCAUAACCGAAAGCUCGGAGCGCGUUGAUGCGUCCAUGAAUGGGGUAACUCGAUGUGUCACCAAUCUUCUCGUUGUAUCCGAUCGUGCGACCGAGCUACACGGACACCGAGUCCACGAUGUCCUUGCCGACCUGGCACCCUUCGCCGAACAGAUAAACAGUACCGAUUAUAAGUUAUAUUUGGACAUGCAGCGCGGUGAUACGACCUUUGACGGAGCAAAAGGAUGGAUGCUGGAUCGGUUUAAGUUCCUGCCUAUGAUCGAGCGCGCGAAGGCAGUGAAUCCCACGGCAGAAUGGUUCGUCUUCAUAGAAACAGACACCUACUUCUUCUGGGAUAACUUGUUCCGAUUACUGGACCAGUUUGAUCCCUCUGUUCCACUUUAUUUUGGAUCGCCAUCGCCGGGUUUCGGGUUGGAAGAUGGAAAGAGGGUAUGGUUCGGAUAUGGAGGGUCGGGAUUUGUGCUUUCGAAAGCAGCUGUGGACAAAUUGACGGCGCGGAAGAUUGGCUCGUACGGAGAAUAUCUCGACCCGUCUCUGAGUGAGCGUUACAUGGAGGUGGUUGAUCGCGACUGCUGUGGAGAUUCCGUGCUUGGGUUUGCGCUGUAUCAAAGCGGUGUGCGCUUAUCGGGGAUGUGGCCUAUGUUUAAUGCGCAUCCCUUGCAUGGCAUUCCAUUCGGUGGUGACCAGUGGUGUCAGCCUGUUAUCAGUUUGCACAAGUCCCUUUUCUCUGACAUGCUGGGAUUGGCAAAGUGGGAGAGUCAACGGGAUAAAACGGACCCCGUUUUGUACUCGGACUUAAGCGACUAUCUCCAAUUAGGAGAUCUGACGGAGAAAGAAGACUGGGAUAAUGGGGAUUGGGGAGGCAUUGAGCAACAUGAUACCCCGGCGCAGGAGUCGCUGGACGCCUGUCGUCAAGCCUGCCAUGAUGACGAUUCAUGCCUGUCUUAUACCUGGGUUUCUGAAGGAAAGUGUAUCUUUAUGCACACUAUCAGACUCGGUGGUAAAAAGAUUAUCUCGUCGAACAAGUUGACCGCUGGGUGGAACAAUGCGGGAAUUCUGAAAUGGCGCGCAAGUCAUCGGUGUGAAGCCCCGAAGUGGAUGAAGCCAAGUAUCACGAGAAUAUUUUGA